CGGUUGCGUGGAUGAAAAACCGUCUGAUCCGACGACGAUGAGCCGCCGACGGUCGUACGGCUCCAGCGCCAACCCGACGCGCCACUUUGAGUUUGACGUGACCGAUGAGACGCUCUCGGGGCCAACAUGGGCGUUCCCGGGGUAUGGCCACGCCGAGCAGAUCGAGGUGCCAAAAGAAGAGCUCGAGCGCAUCCGCCACAAGAUGCAAAAGCCUCGCCACCUCCUCGGCGAGUGGCCGUCCACGGGCAUCAGCGGCAACGACCUGCUCUCGAGCUGCCUCUACUCGUCGGGCAUUGUGGCCUCGAAAGCCGGGAAGCUCGCGCCGAUCCCGACGCUCAUGGUCGCGUGCCUCAUGUACCUCUUCCGCUUUGUCUACGUCGAGGUCGUCUCGGCGAUUCCGCUCAACGGCGGCUCGUACAACACGAUGCUCAACACGUCGUCGAAGCGCGUCGCGGCCAUGACGGCGGCGCUCGCCAUCAUUGCGUACCUCGCGACCGGCGUCGUCGGCGCGGUCUCGGCCUCCGACUACCUCAAGGCCCAAGCCACGGAUCUCAAUUCGAUCCAAAGUGCCAUUGGUAUUCUCUUUACGUUUGCCUUGCUCAACUUUCUCGGCAUGGCCGAGAGCUCGGUCAUUGCACUCCUCAUCUUCAUGCUGCACAUCCUCACCCUGUGCAUCUUGAUUGGCGGGUCCGUCGUCUAUAGCGUCCUCUACCCCGAGGUCCUCCGCGACAACCUCGCCUCGGACCUCCCUGAGAUUGACUUUUGCGGGGCGCUCAUUGCGGGCACGCCGCUGCGCGCUAUUUUUUUUGGCUUUUCAUCGGCGAUGCUCGGCGUCACGGGGUUCGAAACGGCGGCCAACUUUGUCGAGGAGCAAGAACCCGGAAUCUUUCGCCACAUCCUCCGCAACAUGUGGGCGCUCUCGUCCUUCUUCAAUGUGACGCUGUCGCUGCUCAACUUGAGCGUCCUCCCGCUCUUUGGCCCCGACGGGUCGAUCGCGAACAACAACAUUGUGCUGGCGCUCAUGGCCCGGCGCGUCCUUGGCCCUUGGUUCGAGCUCUGGGUCACCAUUGACGGCUUUAUCGUGCUCGCGGGCUCGGUGCUGACGUCGUAUGUGGGCAUCACGGGCCUUGUCCGGCGUCUCGCGUGCGACCGCGUGCUGCCCGAGUUCCUCUUGAAGGAGAAUGCGUGGCGGGGCACGAACCACUACAUCAUCUUUUCGUACUUUGCCGUCGCGUCGAGCUUGGUGCUCGUACUCCACGGCGACAUUGUCAUGCUCUCGAGUGUCUUCUCGUACGCGUUUCUCGGCCUCCUCGUGCUCUUCUCGGCCGGCGCGAUCCUCUUCAAGGUCAAGCGCAGCCACAUGCCCCGCGAGACGAACGCCGCUUGGUGGAAGUGCAUUGUCGCCUUCAUCAUGGUCGUCCUCGGCUUCCUCGGCACAUUGCUCGGCGACCCGCGCGUCUCGCUCAUCUUUGCACUCUACUUUCUCGUCGUCGUCGGCCUCAUCUUUUGCAUGCUCGAGCGGCUCUGGCUCCUCCGCUUUGUCAUUUUCAUCAUGCGCACUCUGUGCCCGUCGCGCCGCGACCGCCGUCUCGACGCGACCGACGACGACGAAGAGAGCCCGGACGAUGCAGAGCUACUGCUGCCGCGCACGGGAGCCCGUGGUGGCCGCACGAUCCUCAAGAUCAUGAAGAGCAUCAACGCGCCGCCGACGGUCUUCUUCUGCAAGCACAUGUCGCUGUCGCUGAUCAACAAGGCGGUCAUGUACGUGCGCAUGAACGAGCAGACCGAGACGCUCAAGAUCGUGCACGUGCACAAGCCCAACACGUCGGUGCCCCAGGGCUUUGUAGACCUGGUCGCGGUCUUUGACCGCAUGUACCCCAAAAUCAAGAUUGACUUUAUCUCGAUCGAAGGCGUCUUUGAACCGGCGCUUGUCCAAUGGCUCUCCGAGACGCUCAACAUUUCGACCAACAUGAUGUUCAUCCGCCAACCCGACAACAUUGACGCGCACAAGGUGUCGCUGCUCGGCGUCCGCGUCAUCACGGGCUAAGAACCGCUUGUGCUUCUUCAUAUAUGCCACAAAAGAGAUGUCAUUCAAUCGU